AUGGAAGAUACAAAGUCAGCAAUUUUGCCAAAGAAACCGGAAGAUGCAAGGCCCCCAUCUCCUGGAACGUUAAGCAGUCCCUGGGGAGUGGCAGUGAAUGAACAUAAUGAAAUUGCGGUGACUGAGACAGAUAACCACAGGGUUCAGGUAUUCAUUAGUGAUGGAACUUACUUAAGAUCCUUUGGUCGCAAAGGCGAUAAACAGGGAGAGUUCAACUGGCCUUCUGGGAUAGCAUUUGAUCAAAACAGUAACAUUAUAGUGGUGGACAGUUUUAACCACCGUAUUCAAUUGUUCAGUGAGCAGGGUGAGUACCUGAGCCAGUUUGGUGGUAAAGGAAAUCUUGAUCACCAGAUGUUUUUUCCUCAUGGUGUAUCUGUAGAGAAAGACGGAAAUAUAGUUGUUGCUGAUUCAGGUAACAAAUUUAUCAAGAUAUUUUCUCCUAAUGGCCAUUAUCUAAGUAAAUUCGGGGGUGAGGGUUCUUUAACCUCUCCCUUUCACUGCAUACAAUAUGAAAAAUAUCACACAGUGUCAGACAGAGGUGAACAUUGUAUCAAAGUGUUUGAUAGAAACGGUAACUUUUUGUACAAAUUUGGAAAGAAGGGGAAGAGGAAUGGGGGGUUCAAUUUUCCUGAUUGUUUGUCAGUUAACAAGGUAGGACACCUGAUGGUCUGUGAUACAGGUAAUCACCGAGUUCAGGUAUUUGAUCUUAGUGGAGAGCUAAUAACAAUAUUUGGAUCAAAAGGAGGGAUGAUAGGAGAAUUUAAUUUUCCUGCCUCUAUUGCAGUGCUCAGCGAUUGUCGAAUACUUGUGUCUGACUUUAGUAACCAUCGCAUUCAGAUAUUUGAAUGGACUAACAUCAGGAUGCCUUAA